ACAUAGCAAUUAAGGGGCAUUUCCUUUUAAACACUUCCAAAGGAACUUGCAUCACAAACAAAUAUUACCGAGAAACACUCAAAAACAUUUAAAAUUUCAAGUUAUAAAAAAAAUUCUUCAUUAUUUUCUUAUAACAAACAGUGAAACAAUAAUUCUAUCAAGAUGAAAUGGCGCGAUGUUGUGAGAGAUUACCAAAACCAAUACUGGAAUCUUCUUGACAAACCUUCAAUGUUCGCACUGGAAGUAUUUGUGUCGAGCACUGAUUUAACGACCAAAGUCCUUGAUUGGUUGCCAAAUCUCGAUAAAAAAAUGAAAAUAAGAAUCAAGUUUCACACACUGCCAUGUAUAGAAAUAAAAAGGAAUGUUGAAGAAAAUCUUACUUCAGCAAACAAACAUAGCAAAAUAAAUGUUAAAGAAGAAGCUCCAACAGAAGCAUGUGAUUUACAAAACCCAGCUACUGAAAGUCCUGCCGUGCCCCCGGUAAAUGAAAUAAAGGGCUUUGACCCUACUAGAUGUCUUGUAAAAGAGAAGCAGGAACCACCGGUUCCAAAGGUACACAAACUUCCUGGCGAGGCAGAUUCAGAUACAGAAUCAAAGAAAGGCACAGUCAAUUACAAAAGUAGCAAUUCUAGGCAAAAAGAGUCUACUAACCUGAGUAACCAAUCUUCAAGUUCAUCUGACUCAGGAACAAAAAUAUCUUCUGCUGAUACAAAAGCUACAAACAAAACAGACACUGUUUUGAAGACAAUCCCAUUUAAUAAUGGACAAACAGUAAUUUUUGCAUCAAGUCCAGCAGAACUGUUAUACACGCUCAUGAAGGUGCCAUUAGCAGUUAACUUUUUUGUUGAUGGCCCAACAUUAAUCGGGAAUACCUUUAUUGCUCUACAACAGUUUGCCGAAGCUGUAUCACUUUCUCUUGAUUCCUAUAGAAAUAUUCCUUGUUCAGCUAUCCUCGAUGAGAAAUUUUCUAUUUACAAUAAGAAACAUUAUGUAGGAUAUGUACAUCUUGACUUAAGGCUCACUUGUCUUGGAUACCAAGUAACACAUCCACUGACCGAUGACCAGAACCCAAACGAUGAAAAGGUGGACCCAGAAAAGCCGACUGAAUCACUGAGAGUGCUCAAACUAAAUGGAAAGUCACGGCCGUAUAAAGAGAGGGCAAAUAGAUUGCUAAAAAGUGAAAGAGUUACAGAACAUUUUCACCCGGCCUAUUUCAAAGCUGCUCUAUCAGGUCCACCGAUGAUACUUGAAGAAGACUUUGAUGAAUACCAUGAUGGAGAUACAGAUGAGGAUGAUUCUUCUGAAGAUGAAUUGCCACCUACAAAACUAAAACCGAAAAAAAUAGUACUUUCUCCUAGGCGUGCUAAAAGAGAGUGGCUCAGAUAUAAAUGCACAGAUGUUGAUACUAUCAUUCAAAGAAAAGUAUUAGAAGAUCACAUCCUAAAAGGAAAACCUCCUUUCCAGAAGGGAAGUCCAUUCCGUGGCCUUGUCUGUCCAGCAUAUCUAAAGAGUAAAAACAUAGACUGGAGUGAAGAAACUGAAUGUGGUAAAGGAAAAACAACUCAAAACGUUCAGUAUAUCCCUUGUCCAAACCAAAAGCAGGGCCAACAAUCGACCAUGCCACAAUUUGAAUACAAUUGCAAAGGGAACAUUUGGCCGGCAUCUGUCAAUAACCAAUUAGAUGAUUUGCCAGACUGCCCAUCAGAGAUGGCGAACCCCAAUUACGAUCCUUAUAUGCAGUCAGCACAGAAGAAUCUUACAUCACAACAAGAGACAAAUUGUCAUAUGAAGACUACAUAUGGAAGUAAGGAUGAGGAAGAAAUCGACCCAGAAGAGGCACUCAACACGGUUGCUGGGAUAAACAAGAAAGUUGAACACUGGAAGAAAGUGUUGGAAGAUUUAGUGUUGGAUUCUGAAAUACAAAUGCGGCGCCUAGAUGCUUUGGAACACACUAAUUCUAAGCAUACGGUAGAAGACAAUGAAGAACAGUUAAAAAAAGAACAAGUGCAAAUACCAUAUGACCAGAUUUCAGAGCAAAUGAUUCCUCAGAUUGUACAACAUAUUCCAGAUAUAUUAGCAUCAUCUCACCAAGAAGCACAGAAGUAUAAUCAACGAACAAAAGAAAAAAAUGCUUGUUCAUCUGGAAGGUUCUCCUCAGAAAAUAAAGGACCUCACCACGCAAAUGAACAAUGGCAACAACUUAAAGAAUUUUGUAAAUGUACAAUACAUCAAUAAUUAUGA